CUAACGUGUCUAUUUAAGAGAAUCAAAUUGCGAGGAUUUUGGUUCGUUUGAUUCAUUAAGAAGCGUUUUCUGAAUGAUGCGAGUGUUCAUUAUUUUAGACUUCUUUUUUUAUUGAUAUUUAAGACCCGAACAGCGUAAACACCAAAACUGUGCUUUAUCAGAGUCCAUUCGUUCAGGCCUGUGAAUCGCUUCACUCAAUGAUUUUUAAAGAGUCGUUCAUAAAGAAUCGACUCCUUUGGGAAUUGUUUGCACUUGGCAGUAGCACCAAAUUAAAUUUUGUUCACGGGUCCAAGUGAAGCAAUGAGCAAUUUCUUUACCUUCUGGUUUUACGGACUUUAAAAUGUAAACAACAACAAGAAAAACUCAUACGUAUUGCUUGGUGGAAAUAUGUUGUGUUUUUGGGAUUAAGAAGAUGAACUGUGUGGAUAGAGCUGAAAUGGCCACCGGGAGCGAAGAGCGCGUGAGAUCGGGCGCAUACAUCCCCGUGUCCAUCACUGUCAGUCUGCUGCUGGUGACCUCCACCCUCUUCUUCACCUUCACGUGUCCUUGGCUCGCUGAGAACGUGUCUCUUGCUUUUCCUCCAUGUGUUGGCAUCAUGUUCCUUUUUGUUCUCGCAAACUUCACCAUGGCAACGUUCACGGAUGCCGGCGUGCUGCCAAGAGCUAACGAGGAUGAAGAUAAAGACGAUGGUAUCCGUGCUCCUCUUUAUAAGGACGUGGAGGUCCGGGGAGUCCAGUUUCGAAUGAAGUGGUGUGCUUCCUGCAACUUCUACAGACCCCCACGCUGCUCCCACUGUAGUGUGUGUGACCACUGUGUGGAGGACUUUGACCAUCAUUGCCCCUGGGUGAACAACUGCAUCGGGAGACGGAACUACCGUUAUUUCUUCCUCUUCCUGCUGUCUCUUAGCGUGCACAUGAUGACCAUUUUCUCUGGGGGUCUUCUGUAUGUUCUGGACCACCUGGAAGCCCUGUGGGAGCUGCACGCAACCGUCACUUUGUUCAUCAUGAGCCUGUCAGGCCUGUUCUUCAUCCCGAUUAUGGGAUUGGCUUGCUUCCAUAUAGUCUUGGUGGCAGCAGGACGAACCACAAACGAACAGGUGACUAAAAAGUUCCACGGAGGAGCAAAUCCCUUUACACGUGGCUUCUGCAGCAAUGUGGAGUUUGUUCUGUGUAGUCCUAUUACUCCAAGAUACACCAGGAAACUGGGAAAUAAGCCGACUGUCCAUGUCCAACCACCAUUCUUAACACCAGAGUUGCUCAAAAUGUCAACCAUAAAAGUUGAAGACAAUGGGAUCCAAACUGAAAUGCUUUCUGUAAAGCGUGCAGGAGAAAUGGAUGUCUCUGAGUGUAAACAGAUGAACACACCGCCCUCUCUGACACCCGAACCCGACCCAGUUCUGCUCAAGAGUCACCUGGCUACAUUGCAAGAGAGCUUACUGCAAUCCAAAACCGUAUUACCGUCUAUCCAGAGCAAAAUCGGUCAGAUUGUAGAGUCGUCUUCCAGAGUGAAUUAUCAAAUUCCCGUGGAGCAGAUGAAGUGCACAAAGCAGCCCCAGCUCCACAUGAGUGGUUUUGCCCAGGAUCCAUUUUUUGAAGCUGGAAUGGCAGAAACGGAGAAGACUCCCAUCUCUACCAUGCAUUCCAGCACACUUCCCUUGAAUACACUCAUUCUGAACUCCCGCUCACUCACUUUGAAACAUGCCCACUCCAGAGGAGAUCGAGCUCAUCAGUGUCCCGAUUCUGUGGCAUCUUGCUCCACCCAGGGCAUCCUAAGCCUCUCCUAUGACAGCCUCCUCAGUCCAGCACAACGUGGGACCUUCAAAGUGAACUACCUGCCUCCUUUCCUUCCUUUAGAGCUGGGUCUGGCCAUCAGGUGCCCACCAGAUGCCCAGCAUGCACCCUCCCGUACCUGCAGCCCGGGUUUCACUGGCACAAGCAGGCAGUCACCUGUUCACUACGACAGCCUUUCCAAACCUGCCAUGAGCUCUAUCCAGGAACGCCAUGAACUGGAAGAGCGAGAAAAGCAGCCAACUUUUCAGGAUAUGUCUGUCUACGACACGCCCAGUGGUUACAGCUUGCCAUCUCGGAGGCCCACUCCACCCGCCUAUGGCUCUCGAGAGUUCCUCAUGAGCAGCGCAGCGUACGGCUACGCCUCUUCGCUCCGACGGGCAUCCAGGACUUCCAGCUCAUCCAUGCAUGCCAAUACGAACCUCCAGAGUCGCUCGCUCUCACCCUCAGCCUGUAGAUCUCUGGAACAUCAUGCUCGGCACUCAACCUCAUCUAUUCCCUGCCCGAUGCCCAGCUCCUCCUACACAGCGCAGAAAGCCCUGGCUUUGAUCACUACCUCAGAGAGAAAAGACUCAGGUCCGUAGUAUGAGCCCCAGAUUCUUCCAGUCUGUGUACAGUACAUAUUUAUGAUGAAAACUGUCCCAUUUAUCAUUGUUUGGUUACACAUGCUUGUCCAUAUAUAUCUCAACUUUUUACACAUUUAUUAUAGAAUUGCAGUUUUUUAGAUUUUGAUCCCCUGUGCUUCCCAUUAUCGGAAUAAAAAAGGCUUCAUUGAUAGACUCUGAAAG